CAGGCGUCAGCUGACCCCCGAUCGCAACGCAAGUAGCACAAAUGAAGUUGACUCACCCUCCACUCCCCCUGCCCCCCUCCCAAAAAAAAAAAAAAAGGAAAGGAAAGGCUCAGCCCAGAUCUCAGCUAGCCAGAUCUGUGGCUAGGGAGGCCGACCCGCCUGGAGAGGGGCAGCGCCGACCCCUCAAGUCCCUCCCCUCCCCGAGCCCCAGCCAGUCUCCCGCUGCUGCCGCCCCUGAUCAGGCAGGCAGUGCCAGAGCAGGCAAGGGAGGCCGCCACCCUCCCAACCCCAGCCCCUGAGCUCCGCCCGCCCUCCCGCUCCGCCAUGGCUCAGCAGAUGGAGGUGGGCGGCGGGGACGGCGCAAGGCAAGAAGAGGAUGCGGUGGGAGAGGAGGAGCAAUAUGAGCCUUGGCCCAGGACUAAAAGUCCGGUGCAGAUCCGGGUAGCCAUCCAGGCAGCAGAAGAAGAGGAGGAGGAGGAAGAAUCGAGGGCCUCAAUGGGGGGCGUCGGGGAAGGGGAAGACGACGGGGACUCCGCUCGCUAUCUCAGUCCCGGGUGGGGCAGUGCCAGCGAGGAUGAGCCGAGCCGUGGGCACAGUGGCACUACUACAAGUGGAGGAGAGAAUGAUGGUUCCGACCAGGACCAGGACUGGAAACCACCAAGCUAUGAGUUAAUCUUGAAGCUGGUUGAUCAGAUUGAGUUCUACUUCUCCGAUGAAAACCUUGAAAAAGAUGCCUUCCUGCUAAAACAUGUGAGAAGGAACAAGCAGGGCUAUGUGAGUGUCAAGCUACUCACAUCUUUCAAAAAGGUGAAACACCUUACUCGGGACUGGAGAACCACAGCCUAUGCCUUGAAGUAUUCAGAGACUCUAGAGUUGAAUGAGGAUCAUCGGAAGGUGAGGAGGGUCACCCCUGUGCCUUUCUUCCCUGUUGAAAACCAACCCAGUAGGAUGCUCCUGGUCUAUGACCUCCACUUGUUUCCUAAGCCAUGGGCUCUGGCUGUUCUUCAGGAGAAUGGAAGGCUGCAAGAAAAAGUCAUGGAGCAUCUUCUUAAGGUCUUUGGAACAUUUGGAGUCAUCUCAUCUGUGCGAAUUCUCAAGCCAGGGAAAGAGUUACCUCCAGAUAUCCGAAAGUUUAGCAGCCGGUACAGUCAAGUAGGGACUCAGGUGUGUGCAAUUGUGGAAUUCGAAGAGGUAGAUGCUGCCAUCAGGGCCCAUGAGUCCAUGAGCAUGGGAUCUCCGAGUAAAGGCAGUAUAAAAGUUGUCCUCAUCGGUAUGAAGGCACCCAAGAAGAAAGGAUCAAAAGAGAAGAACCAGGAGGAGGAACCUGCCAUGAGCUUCUACCAAAACAAGACCCUCAACAAGAGAGUAGAGGAGCUUCAAUACUUGGGUGAUGAGUCAUCGGCCAACAGCUCUUCAGACCCCGAGAGUAAUCCUACGUCCCCCAUGGCUGAACGGCGGUACAUGGCCUCCAGCAAACUUAGUCCUGCUGUCUAUCAGAACCAUCACCUGAGCCCAAAUGCCUCCCCUCGCUCAAGUCCUUGGAAUAGCCCCCUGGUCCAGCGUAAAGGAGUGUCCAAGAAAUCUCCACUGGCAGAGGAUGUCACACUGAACUCUAGUGCCAGCCCUGAGAGUGUUCAGAAAUGUGCGGAUUAUUCAUCUGACAGCAGCAUCACUCCCUCCAGUAGCCCCUGGGUGCAGAGACGUCGCCUAGCCCAAUGGGGAACGCACGAGAGAAGUCCAGCUGCCAGUCCGCUCCUCACCCGCAAGGUCCAGAAUGCAGAUGGGUCACCCGUCGGGGUAUUGAGGUUGCCAAGAGGCCCUGAUGACACCAGAGGAUUUCAUGGGGGAUACGAAAGAAAAAGGGUCUUUGUGUAAACAUAGUCCAUACCAGCUCCAUAGUAAACCAACUUUAUUUUCCUGAACCAACAAAAUGGCUGGCAUGUUCAAGGACUGGCUCAAGUAUACAUUUUAAUGUUUUGUAUUGGUGUAGAUUUCUUUAUUUAUA